AUGGCAUCUCCGGUGUUUAGUGAAACUUUGGGUCGAAUGAUGGCUGCAAGUGCUUCCAUUCAGAAUAUUCAAAAUGUUUCAUCUUCAUCAUCCUCCUCAUCAUCUUCUUCUUCUCAUCUCAAUUCUACUGAAUCACCUUUUCUUCCCAACUCUGGUCCACCCCUACUUAGAGAAACAUUAUCUCCCAAUGUACUCUCUUCGACUAAAAGUUUCGUCGAUAUUGUUAAAGAUUAUGAAAGGUACAAGUUAACCAAAUAUUCUGGACCUCGAAGUGUUCAACCAUCACUAAUCUACUCAGGUGAUUUAAGUUAUGGUCCACCCGGUGGACCAUAUCCCUCACCAUCAUCACCAUCAUCAUCUUCAUCUUCACCAGGAUCUGAAGAUUACCUUUCAUGGUCCGAAGAUGAGGUUCCCUAUGGGUUAGCCAAAGGUUUCGGUGAAUCAUCUGUAUCACCUGAUGGAUAUUUCCAACCUUCCGGUCUUGAUUAUUCAUCUAAUUAUGAUUUUGAGCUUUUACCUCAAGGAUCAAAAACUCAUUCUCAUGAGCCAGUGUCCAGUUCAUCACAGGUAUCAGGAAGAGGACAAAGUGGAUCUGGUGGAUAUGCUUCCAGUAAUCAUCAACAUAAAUAUCAACAUCGUCCAUCAAACAACAAUAAUCAGAUCAAUUCUGAUCUAUUAACCGAUUCAUCGGGUUUCUUUAAUUAUCAUUCAUUGAUGACAAAUAUGGAGGCAAAUGAAGAGUUACCAAUUCUCAUUGAGAGUUAUGUUGUCAACUAUCCUCCGCUUUCAGAAAAGCCCGUUGCCCAUUCACUUUCAGCAUUUACCUUUGACCACAGGCCAAAUCUUCACUCAUCAAACCAUCAUUCUCAUCAUCAUCAAUCUCAUCAUCCAAUUCACCAUCAUUCCCACAAUCCAAUUGGAUCAAAUUCACAACAUCACCAUGGUGGUUAUCGACAUCAAUCAUCUCUCUUAGCAUCACCUUCAAUGGCCUACCCGAUGAUUGGACCUAAGCCAACAUCGGAACGUGUUUUCAUCUCACCUUUACUUUACUCUCGUCCAUGUAAAUAUGAUUGUUUUGCGACUCCCUUGCAGGACAUGAAAUAUGGUCUCAUGAAUUUCCUGGAAGGAGCUCACAAUCAUGGCCGACGAAAAUAA